AUGAAUCGUACUAAUAAGAUGCCUUGCUGCUCCCACUGCAAUACUAAUUAUCAAAUUGGAGAUGUUUAUGGACCCAAGAAUCCAAUGUUGUUAGUUUGUGGACAUGAUAUGUGUAGAAAUUGUAUAAAGUACUUGUACAAGAAGAAUAAACAAGUUAUUUGUAAAGUUUGUCAAGCUGAUUGCAUGAUUAAAUGUGAUGACGAAAUAUCAAACAUACCAAUACACUAUUUUAUAGUUGGUAAAGUAUGGUACUCAUCAUAUAACAGACAGCGUAAAAUAUAUCAAGAUAUUUUUAAUAUUAGGAUGACUUCAAAGUCUUUAAUGAAAACUAAAGAAAAUUGUCAAAAUUGUCAAAAUUGUCAAAAAUAUGCAGCUAUCUUUUGUGAACAAUGUGAUGAGACGUAUUGUGAGGACUGUUCUCAAGAGAUUCAUAUGGAAAAUCAUUUGAUGUUACAACAUGAUUUAAACAAACUAGACACUACACACCUUGAAUUUCUUCAAGCAUCCAAGUGUGAUCUUCAUUUGAAAAUAAAUGAUUUUAUUUGUAUAACAUGUAAAAAAGAAUUGUGCCCAGUGUGUGCUGUUGAAAAUCACCGACAUCACGAACUUCUUCAUUUGGAAAAAUAUAAUAUUAGCCAAGCACAACGCUUAAAUGAAUAUUCAUUAAAAGGAGACAUUUUACUUAAAAGAUUGAAACAUUAUAGAGAUGUGAGUACAAGCCUUGCAUUAUCGUUAGUAAAUAUUAAAUGUAUGAAUGAAGUAUAG